AAAGAACUUUCCUAUUAUAAAGUAGUUGUCAAAAACUUGUAACUUAGACCAACCCCCAUUAAUAAUAUGCUUUCCUCAUUUAACCCACAUAAUCUAAUCACCCCUUUUUCCUCUCUCUCUCCCCAUGGAUUCGAUACUCCCUACCAGUAAUCCAUAAACCCUCAAGAAAACCGAAACAAUUACAAGAACCCAUUUGAGAAAGUCAGACACUGGUAAAAGAAUAGGAAAUUGAGAAAAAACAGUUCUUUUGGGUUUGAUUGUUGUUGUUAUUGGAGUAUGUAUAGAUCUGGAGCUGUGAUGGCUUGGAAUGUGUUCAAGUUCUGUACGGCCCUGAGGGGUCUGGGCUCGAUCAUGAUCUUGUUGGUCCUCGGCGUAGUCGGUGUCUCAUAUUAUGCCGUCGUUGUUUCCAAUUACGGUCCGACGUUGACCGACGGUGGCUUUGAUUGCCUCACUGCACUUGCCGUCUUGAUCUUGUUUCAUUGUCUGUUAGUGAUGCUAUUAUGGAGUUAUUUUUCUGUGGUUUUUACGGAUCCUGGUAGUGUACCACCAAAUUGGAAGCCAAUUAGAGAUCAGGAGAUAGGCGAUACUGAUCCAUUGACUGUGUCAGAAUUUGUUGCCUUGCAAGCUGACCAAGGUAACCCAAGAAUUCGAAUGUGUCGGAAGUGUAACCAGCUGAAGCCACCUCGAUGCCAUCAUUGUUCUGUUUGCGGGAGAUGUGUGCUAAAGAUGGACCAUCAUUGUGUGUGGGUUGUCAAUUGUGUUGGGGCACUUAACUACAAGUAUUUUCUUCUUUUUCUGUUUUACACAUUUCUUGAGACCAGUCUUGUGACUUUAUCAUUGCUACCACAUUUUAUAGCAUUCUUUAGUGAUGGAGAGAUACCUGGGACGCCAGGCACCCUUGCAACCACUUUUCUUGCCUUUGUCUUGAACCUGGCUUUUGCGUUGAGUGUUUUGGGGUUUCUGGUUAUGCACAUAUCGCUGGUGGCCGCAAAUACCACCACGAUUGAGGCGUAUGAGAAGAAGACCACACCAAAAUGGCGAUAUGACCUUGGUCGGAAGAGGAACUUUGAACAGGUGUUUGGGACAGACAAGCGAUACUGGUUCAUCCCAGCUUAUUCUGAAGAGGAUUUACGUAGAAUGCCCGCCCUUCAGGGUCUUGAAUAUCCUUCAAAGCCUGACUUGGAUGCCCAAGAGUUCUGAGUAUCAUUAACAAGUUGACAUCACGUUUGGAACUUGGACGCAUCCUUUUUCCAACAGCUAUUCUGAAGUCCUCCACAGAGUUUUUGUUUACUCUUCAAUUAGUUUCGACAGGUCUUAACUAACUUGGGCUUGGGAUCCACUAUUCCCACCAGAAUCUCGUAACAAAAAAGAAAGAGAGAUUAAUGCAUCGAACAGGUUGGGCAGAAGCUGGGUGGAUUGCAUAGUGUUGGGAUGGGUCGUUGGUGGGCUGAUAUUACUUCGUGUUUUGGUUAUCGAUUCGGGUAUUGGGUGCUGUAAGAUAAGAAAUGCUCUGAUGUUUCAUUUAGGUUUUACAUACUUCACCAGAAAUGUAGAUUAAACUCUAUCCCACGUAACAAUUGUGUAUGUUUGGAAUAUAUAUAUUUUUGAAAUGCUUCUCAGACCGUAAUUGUGUAGAUUUUAUUACGAAAAGAUGGUGUCACUGGAAGUUUCU